UUAGAUGUGAAAAGGGAAUCAGAGAAAUGGGGAAGUACCUGAAACAGCUUAGUAAAGAAGUCGUUGGUAUAAAGGUAAUGAAUAAUUUUGAAAAAAGACACUGAAAAAUUUGUAAAUAAAGACCACUGGGAACUUUAUUAUGAGCAACCACGGGGAUACAGAUAUUUUGUCAAAGUACUUUUAUAAGGCACAUGAGUUUACUACAAGUGGGUAUCCAGGUGAUUUUAUUGGGAGUGGUGCUUAUGGAGUUGUAAUCAGAUGUGACCAUAGGAAACAUGGAGUUGUAGCUGUUAAGUGUAUGAUUACAGCAGGAAAGGACUUUGGAGAAAUGCAGAUAGAAAAAAGAAUGACUGACGAAGCCAAGAUGAUUCUUAAGUCGUCACAUGAUAAUACCAACACAAACAUAGUCAAGUUGCUUGGGAUUACAAAAUGGGAGGGUUCUGUUGGUUUGGUAAUGGAAUACAUGGCUUAUGGGAGUUUGGAAACUGUUGUUUUUAAAUAUACGGUUCCAGAGUUGUUUUGGGACGUCAGGAUGUUCAUUGUCAAUCAGUUGGUAAAUGGAAUCAACUACAUGCAUUGUCUCAAAAAACCUAUUGUACAUGGAGACUUAAAACCUGAAAAUGUGUUGCUAACUAAUGGCUUGGUGACAAAAAUAGGCGACUUUGGCGCUUCUGCCAUGGCGUCUUGUACCGGUUCUACUGUGCAAGGUAGUGCUACCAGUGGAAAUGCCAGGGGUGGUAACUAUCAGCAUACGAUUGCAUAUACCCCUCCAGAGAUGUUAAAAAAUACAUUUGUUCGUAGGAAGCCCACAAUUGAUGUAUAUUCGUUUGGCAUUAUAUUGUAUGAAAUAAUAGUGAGAGAGCGUGCUUUCCCAGCACAGGCCAUGCAUUACCGGGAUAUGUUCGAGGCAGCUAUCUGUGAAGGACAGCGGCCAGACAUGGAUUUUGUAAAAGAAAUUGGUGAAACAGUUGAACAAGAAGAUAAACUAAAAUUUGAUUUCAUGGUUUCUUUGAUGACAGAAUGCUGGGCACAACAAGCAAGCAGGCGUCCAGUUUUAAAAUCUGUUUUGGAAAAUAUUGCCAAGCUUCCAAAAUCGGCUGACUUGGAAAGCCAUAUUCAGGAGGUUGAGGGGCACUUGCAAACGGAAACAAAAGCUUUUCAAAGAAAUAUAAACCUCACUGAUUUCCAAAUCAACCAUAAUGCUGAGCAAAGUGAAUCAGGUUCAAAUUCAGACACCCCACAAAUGGGGAGUACUGAACAUAAUGAUAAUAUUGGUAGCAAUACUAACAGCUCAGGGGGCAUGCCGUCUUCAGGCAGAAACCAAGAUAGCUAUUUCAACGAAAAAGAUCAAAAGCAGACAGAGGGAACAUCAACGUUAUUUUCAGCUUUCGAAAGUACAACUGUUGAUGACACAGAAAGUGUGGGUGAUAUUCUUGAAAGACUUGCAGAAGAAGAGGAUGGGGAACAGUCUAUACAGAGAGGGAACUACCAGCAUGCAAUAGACGUGUUUCAAAAAAUGAUCUCAAACAGUAAUAACCCAAACAAGAUUUCUCUGCUACGACUUAAAAUUGCUCUCUGUCUAAAUAAGAUUGGUGAAAGGCAAAAGGGGGAUGAACAACUAUAUGCAGCACUUAAGUCAUGGUCAGGUUCUCUCUCUCAAAAUGAAAAUGAUCAAAAGCAGCAAAUUGAACAACUUAUGCGUUCUGCCGAUCAAUACCGGCACAUGGGGAGUGAUAUGAGAGCACUGAUGAUCUACCAGCAAGCUGCGGAAAAAUAUAAGAAUCUUAAAUCUCCAGAACACUCUUUAAGUGGUGUUGUAGUAUGUAUAUCAAAAAUUAAAAAGAUGUUUCGAGAAAAAAUGAGUUCUGGAAAGGCCGCCCCCGUUAUUAAGGACCUUGCUAAAUGGCUUACUCGAGUCAGUAAACCAAAUCCAAGGCUGUUGGCAAAAGGUCUGCAUGAUGUGGCAAAUUUCUUCUCCCAUGGAUCUGAAAAUGAGCUUGCUUUGACUUACUACAAAAUGGCAGUUGAUAAAAUGGAGGAACUGUUUAAGGAUAGAGCAUUUACCAUGAACCUGUAUGCUCAGUGUCUACAUAACAGGGGGGUUGUGCUUAAGUCCAUGGAAAAGUAUGAAGAAGCAGAAGAUCAUUUCGAAAGGAGUGUGAAAUUUUAUGAACAAUCCACUGAUUUUGAUUCGGAAGAAGAUAAGCAAGAAACUUUGCGACAAAGUAGAGAUAGUCUCCGCAGAGUGAGACAGCAACAAGGAAAGCCUGUCUUUUGAAAUGUUUCGUGUGUAGGAAUAAAAUUGGAUUAUUUACCCUAGUUUGGCUGGACAAUUACAGUUAUGACAUGUGUAUUCUCUUUCAUACACCAUAUGCCUGUUUGCGAGUUACCACAUUUGUAACCUGGUAUGUGAUCUUUUAGAGUUUUAACAUCUAAAACUGUGUAUACAUCUCUUCACAUCAAUUUAAUAUAUUGUGGUAUUAAAGUUAUUUGACUAUAAUUGACGCAAUCAGCUAUGUGUUUUUUGUAUUCACCCUGUUUUAACAAGCAAUUAAAUUGUUACUUCUUUGUAACCAUUGUUUAAUUAAAAAAGUUUGUGUCAGUAUAAAUAAUGCUUUUUUCCAUUUAAAUGUUAAACUUUAACGUGAUUGUUAUUAUUACAUGCUCUUAAACUUAA